UAAAAUACGCUCCCUGCGCCUCCGUCGGCUCGGUAUCUCACCAUCCAAACACAGCAGUACCUAUCAACUCCAGAUCUUCAAUCUCUCUCAAACCCUUGUUCACCGGAAUCCGCGUUCAUCUACCGGCAUCGCAUCAACCCAAUCAUUACAUCAAAUUAUUCCUCCACAUUGUCUCCCCCCACGUUUCCGACCCCAUGCCCUCUCCAAUGGAUACCGAGGAUAGCCCCGGGAUCUCCAAGUCCAGCAAACGGCGACGCCUCAAUUUCGCAUGUAAUUACUGUCGGGGUCGUAAGACGCGCUGUGACGAGCAGCAACCUUCUUGUCAAGCUUGUAUCCUUGCGGGAGUUACUUGCGUCACCGAAGAUAGGCGCAGACCGGGGAAGUUGAUCAAGAGACGAGAGGCGGGGAAGUCAACUGAUGGAGGGUCUGUUACGUCUGCGAGUCCGUCGGAGUAUGGGUUGCAGGCUGUGGGUGAUGGGGCAGUGGAGAGGCGACAUUCUGUUGCUGAGCCGAGAACGAUUUCUGUGGUUACUGGGCCGAUUCGCGCGAGAUCACAGAGUCCGAGGCCGUCGCAGAGUAGAGACUCUUCCCAUACAGACACGAUUAGCAAUCCUUUACCGAUCUGGCGACAAAGUGCCGGGACAACGUCUUUCCAGGUAUUGACCGAAUGGCUUGACCUGGCUUGUUUCCGGCUGAGCAUUCCCUACCAUUUUGGCUCAUAUCCUCCCUCCACUCUCAACCCGCAGUCGACAUCUCAACCCCAGCAUGGAAUCCCAAUUACGCCGGAGACAUGGGUGCCCCAGACCCUUUUUGAUGCAUAUGCGAGGGAGAUACAUACGUUUUACCCUGUUGUGAGGCUUGAUCAAGCCCGUGCUGAUGUCGUGCAAUCUCACCCCCGGCACCCAAGAAGUCUGCCGCUACACGAUGUCGACAUUGCUGCCCUGAGAAGUCAUCUGCUCUUCGCUGCGGGAGGAUGCAUUCUUCAACAUGCGGAGCGAAAAGCCUACAUGACUGAAACACUUUCACUGGCACGCAAUGCGCUGGGCUAUCUUAUCGGCAAUGUUUCCUACGACACGAUCGAGGUCCUCUUCCUAUUCUCGGUCUGUCUGCGCCUCAACGAUGAGAUAAUAUCAGCUUGGACAACACUCGGCGUCUGCUUAUCAAUAGCUCACUCUCUGGGCCUCAACAAACCCGGAAGGAACAGAAAGAAGCCUCUAGAUCUUGACGCCUGGAAUCCAGCGUGGUGGGCUUUAUACAGUUAUGAGAAGCUAUUCUCGUUCCAGCUUGGAUAUGUGUCUACUAUCUCAGAUGAUGCAUUCGACACUCUGGACCUAGAUGUUCUUAGAGCUGAUGCUGUCGAGCCCUCGCGUAUUGCGCUAUCGAUGGCGAACGUCUUUAGUAAGAUGAGUCGUCGGUGUGCUACGGCGAGACAGCUUGAGGAGAGAGCUAGUAGGCGGGCUGUUGAAGUGGUGAUCAAGGAGAAGGUUAAUAGUACUGGAGAGGCAUUUUUGAUGUUGACGAACUGGGCCAAUAGUGUUCCCGCCGGUAUAAGACCUACGUCGGACUUUAUGCGUGUGCCAGAAGAUUUAGGCCUCGCGUCAUUCGUGUCUCUACACUAUCACAACGCCCUCAUCAUGCUGAACCGCAACGUCCUUCUAAUCAGCAAAGACGCCCUCCAUAAAGCUGUAGAGAUAAUUGCCAAGGAUACACCAUGGGAAUACCAGAUUCGCAACGGUCAAUCCAUGGUUGCCAAUUCCGCACGAAAGAUCAUCCAUCUCCUUGCUGAUAGUGACGACUCAGCGUCACAUCUGUUCUCACCAGCUUACUUUCCGCUACUUCAUGCUAUGUAUGUUCUGGCGGUUCAUAUUUUGAAACAGCCUCAUUCCCGCGUCUCGAAGAUUGACCAAAGUCUUCUCGUAACUGCCGCUGAUUUGGUCCGCUGCUACUGUAUUGGACUCAGUGAAGAAGACCGCUUGAAUACCAUUCUAAAUGGGCUUCUUCGUGUCGUCCAGGAAGCCAUGAGACCUAUCUCAGUACCAAAAGACAGCGAUCGGGACACCCCAGCGCUCAACUCAUCAACAAGCUUAUUGGAUCAAAAUGUGACACCCUUGACCGAUCAACAGACCUUCACAGAGACUCUUGGUCAAUCGGAUCCUACGAUAUCAAGCCAUCCUCAUUUUUCAAUGGAUGAGGGUAUACUCGAUCCGUUCUCGGGCCAACCCUUCAACAUGCCGAUACUGCCAGAUGAAAUCGGAUGCGACUGGGCGGACUUUGAGAACUUGUUGCAGAGACUUGAGAGUGAAGGGUCUUUGUAUCCAGGAGACGAAGGAAUGGUUAUUGAUAUUUAGUUCAACAAUCUGACAAUGUUUUCUAUCUUCGUA